AUGGCCUCGGAACUAUCCUUACUGCAAAUGCCAGAUGUUGCACUAAAUGAGAUUGUCAAGAAGUGUGACUAUAUUUCUAUACAAACACUCCGAAAAGUGUGUCGUGAUCUCCGGAAUUUUAUUGAACACCUCAAACCGGACUACCAAUUCACCAAUGUUUCUAUUGAGCUCGAUCCUUAUUCUCUAGAAUUGACUUUCAACGAUUCUGAUGAUGAAGAAAAGGAAAUUACGAUACGCUAUAGACACGAUGGAUCACAUUGCUAUGUGUCACUGGUGAAACCAAGUGGAAAGAAUUCUGAGCAUCUACUCAACACCAAUUACAUAGACUGCUUCUGUCGCGACUUUGCAAUUGCAAUGAGCUCACAAAAAUCAAUAAUUCAACAAUUUACUCUUUCUCUCCCUGUUGACUUCUAUAUGAAAAGUAGUGCUGGAGACCUGUUGAAAAAACUAAAAGCAGGAAAUUUGCUUCUGAAAGUUCGAAGUGUUGUUUUAUUGACCAAGUGGACGUCAAUGAUUGUCCGUUUUCUACAAAUUCUUGACCCAAACUACCUGGAAACUAUCAAAAUAGGUCGUAAUGAUUAUUGGACAAUGAAGGAAAUCACUGAAAUUUGUCAGCUGGAACAUUUCAAAAAAGCAAAGGAACUGGAAAUUUUGCAGUCUUUUUUUUUGAAUUGCCCAGUAGAAAAUUUCAGUCAUUUCGAGAAAUUGACCGUUUGGUAUAUGAUUGUCACCGCGGAUAUAUUGAGAUCAUUGAAACAGGUUUGUCCGGAUGUCUGA